AUGUCUAGAAAAACACCUGCUGCUAUGACGGAGCGAAAUCCAUCACGUAAAUCUAAUAACGAUUUUUGUUCUUCCGUUAACGAUAUAUCGAUAUGGCUUCUGCAAAACCUAAAUAAGGAUUUUAAUGCAUUGCG